AUGACCCUGCCCAGCGGCAAAGAUGUCUUCAGAACCUGCCCCGAAGUGCUCUUCAUCUGGGAGCUUGUCUUUGGGGGCCUGGUGUGGAUCCUCAUCGCCUCGUCCCUGGUGCCCCUCCCCCUGUACCAGGGCUGGGUGAUGUUCGUGUCUGUGUUCUGCUUCAUAAGCACCGCUGUCCUGUUCUUCCUCUACAUAAUUGGCGCCCAUGAUGAGGAGGCUUCCUGGGAAACCCUGGACAGCCUGUACCACGGGGCCACUGCCAUCCUGUAUAUGAGUGCGGCCGUCUUACAGGUGCACGCCACGAUCGUCUCUGAGACCGAGAACCCGAGCAACUACUUCGUCAACAGCACAGCCUCGUUCCUCGCCUUUAUCACCACCCUGCUGUACACCCUCCACGCCUUCAGCAACUACUACCACUGA